AUGGGUAAAGCUAAGAAGCUCAUAAACAGAAGUAAGCUAAGCCAUUAUUUGUUGUUCGUUUCACUGAUCUCUCUCUGUUGUCUUCUCUUGUCUUCUUCUUCUUCUUCUUCCUCUUCUUCCUUGCUUCAUUACUUCAACCUCUACUUCUCCUCCUUGCCUUCUCAGAUCUUGUCUCACACCAUUGACAAGAACUGCAUGUUCCUUCUUUGUAAUGGCCUCCUUGUUUUCGUCAGCAUCACCAAAUCGUUAUCCAAGUCUGAUCCUCGUGAUCAUGAUCGUCCUGUUGAUGAUGAUAAUAAUGAUCAACCUCUUGAACGUUCUAGUAGUAUUGAAGAUACUUCAGAACAAGUUGAGGCCAAAGAGUUGAAUAUUCAGGUCAGGACUACUGAGAUAGAAGCAGAAAUGGAGGAAGAAGAAGAUGAAGAAGAAAGCAAAGAAAGUGAAGUCUUGGGUUUGGAUUUGAAGAAAGAAGAAGAAGAAUGGUGGGAAAAUGAAGAGAUUUUGGUGGAGGAAAACGUGGAGGAAGAGGAUUGGGGGUUAAGCACAGAGCAGAUGAACAAGAAAUUUGAAGAUUUCAUCAGAAGGAUGAGGGAAGAUUUGAGGCUUGAAGCUAAAAGGCAAAUAGUAAUGGCUUAUAAUUAG